AUGUAUGUUUGUGACCAUAGUGAUUAUGAACAGCUCUAUUCCCUAGAUGUCUUGGGAGUAGAGGAUCGAGGGGAGAAAGAUCAGUCAACAAUUUAUGCAGAAUUCCAAGAAAGCAUCACUAGAAAAGAGGAUGGAAGAUACGAAGUUGCUGUUCCAUGGAUACCUGGAGCUGUAUUGUCAAACACUAAUGAAGAACCCAGUAGGAAGAGACUCCACAAUGUAAACAGGAAGUUGAAACAGAAUCAACAGCUCAAAGAUGAAUACGAGAAAAUUGUGCAUGAACAGUUGAAAGACGGAGUCAUUGAAAAGACCAAAGAGAGCUCGACUAGUGAACGUGUGUUCUACAUGCCACACAAACCGGUAAUUAAAGAAAAUGCCUCUACAACCAAGGUGAGAAUGGUGUUCGAUGCCAGUGCCAGACCCCAUCCAACGGCCAAUAGCGUCAAUGAAUGCAUGCACACUGGCCCCCCACUUCAACCAUUGUUAUGGGACAUAUUAAUCAGAACCAGAAUGUCAACCCAUCACCUACUCGCAGACUUGCAGAAGGCGUUUCUGCAGGUUGGUUUGAAGGAAGAUGAUCGAGAUGGGUUUCGGUUUCUGUUUGACAUUAACGGUCAAGUAGAACAUUUAAGAUUUACUCGUGUGCCUUUCGGCGUGGAAGCCAGCCCAUUUAUGCUUGGUGCCACCCUGCAACACCACUUCAAUCUGCAGCCAGAAGAGUACCAAAACACCAUUGAGUCGUUAAAAGAGAACACUUAUGUUGAUAAUCUAAUGAAGACCGGAAGUGAUAUUGCAGAUCUUGAAGAUUUCAAACGCGAAGCGACAGGAAUCCUAGAAGACGCGAAGUUCCCAGUCCACAAGUGGGAGUCGAAUGUUGAAGAACUUGACAACGAAUCAAUUCCCAGCAAAAUACUCGAACAUAAAUGGAAUAAGAGAGAAGAGACACUUGAGAUUCGAGCAGAACCUACAAAGGAAGAAACACCAGUGACAAAGAGACAUAUUCUUAAGGAACUCAGUAGCAUAUAUGACCCUGUGGGAAUAAUAUCGCCGACCAUGGUUGAAGGGAAGCGCAUCUAUAGAGAAGCGUGUGAUGAGAAAGUCGGCUGGAAUUCAGAAGUAUCUACCAGCACGUCCAAAGAUUGGAUAAAGUGGCGACAACAGUUAAGAAACGUGAAAUUUCCGAGAAGUCUAGCAAGGGAGAUUCGAGAGGUGAAAGGUAUACAUUUGCAUUUAUUUGCUGAUGCAAGUUUCACAGCGUGCUCGGCGGUCAGUAUAGCAGUAAUCGAACAUUCCAGUGGAAUAGUUAAAGGUCUUCUUACGUCAAAGUCCAGAAUUGCCAAGAGAAACACUUCCAUACCAAGGCUGGAAUUAGUUAGGGGUCAGAUGGCUGCCAAUAUGGCUAAGAAUUUGGUUGCCGCAUUGAGAAGAUGGCCAAUUGCAUCAGUUACAGUGUGGAUGGACAGCCUGGUUGCUUUGUUUCGGAUUGCAAGCCCAGAAAGAUCCUGGAAAAUCUUUGUAUCAAAUCGGACGCGGAAGAUUGCUGCAAUUACGGAAGAAGUAGGCAUCAGUUGGAAGUACUGUCCAUCCGAGGAAAAUUUAGCUGAUUUAGGGAGUCGGGGAGCUUCAAUCGACAAAAUGGAAAAGGACGGUUGGUUUAAUGGUCCCGAGUGGCUAGUUAACCCAGACAAAUGGCCAAAACAACCAAAUCUCGAGAGAACAAAGACUGUCCUGGACGAGCAAAAGCCGAUGACGGAAGUAGCUUUCAAUACGGAAGAAAAGG